AUGAGCGCAGUUGGCUCGCCAUGUCAUGGCGCUUCCCCUCCCCGUCCGCCAACACUCGUGGCUGCCGCAUUCUCAGCCGCACCACACUGCGCGCGUACCGUAGGCCGUCCAUCGCUCCCGGGCUCUCUCUUCCUCCGCCCCCGACUCUCCGCGCCUCGCCACCCUUGCCUCCGCCCAUCCCGCCCCAUCCGCGCACCUCCUCCCGCGGCUGCGCUCGACGGGCUGGGCGCGGUGUACGGGCAACUCGCGGACGCGCUGCUGCACGGGGUGCCGCUGGGCAUGGACGUGACUAUAGCGAGCGUGCAUCACGAGGUGGCGCAGCUCGCGGCGUCCGCCGGCAUUCCACUGGACGACCCCGUGAGUGCCCUCGCGCCCCCCCACCUCUCCUCCUUCCGUCCCCUUCAUCCGCAAUCCGCGCGUCGUUGCGCCUCUUGCUUGCGCACUAACGUGCUGAGGCGAUUCUCCCCCUCGGAGGUGAAGGUGGGGCGACAGCUGGGGCACGGCAACUUCGGCGUGGUCUACGAGGCCACCGUCGCCGGGCCGCGCGGGCAGCCGCAGCGCGUGGUGGUGAAGCGCAAGGCGGCGGGCGCGGGCGCGGACGAGAUGCAAGACGUGGAGCUGUUCAUGAACCACCGGCUGCAGCGUACGGUGCCAGGAGUGGCGGCCAAGUUCCUGGGGACGAUGGAGGUGCAGCCGGGGAACAAGCUGCAGGAGGGCGUGUGGCUGGUGUGGCAGCACCAGGGCGACAGCACGCUGGACCGCCACCUCAAGGACCGCCAGUACCCCGCACCGCUGGCCGCCAUGCUGCUGGGCGUGCAGGGGGACGCGGGGGGGUGGUCGGAGGAGCAGCGCAUGUGGGUGGAGUGGCAGGUGGCGCAGACCGUCAUGCGCCAGAUCCUCUCCAACCUCCGCGCCCUGCACCACGCAGGAGUGGUGCACCGGGACGUGAAGCCGGCCAACCUGGUGGUGGACGAGGGCGAGCGCCACCUCUGCCUCAUCGACCUCGGCGCCUGCGUUGACCUGCGCUCCGGCCGCAACUAUGUGCCCAGUGAGACGGUGAUGGAUCCCAAGUACGCCGCCCCCGAGCGCUUCGUCAUGCCGCCCGCCACCACGCCGCACCUGCCGCCCGACCCGCUGGCAUCGCUGCUGUCGCCGUUCAUCUGGGUGGCCAACUCCCCCGACCGCUUUGACGUCUUCUCCGCUGGCGUGGUGCUGAUGCAGCUCUCCCUCAAGUCGCUGCGCCAUGAAGCCAACCUGGAGGGGUUCAACAACGAGUUGAAGCGGUGCGACUACGAUCUGAGCAGGUGGCGGAAGAAGUUCCGCCCCGCCAGCGCUGACAUGGCCGUGCUCGACGCCCAUGGCGGAGCGGCGUUUGACUUGGCAAAGCAGCUGCUGCAGAAGCGACCCAACCACGACCACGCCGUGUGGCCCAGCGUGUUUGGCAUGGGGCGGCCAUCAGCAGGCCGCGCCCUGCGCCACCGCUUCUUCUCCCUGCACUCCCCUCAACCCUUCCGCCUCCCCCGCUCCCCCCCCUCCGCCACGCCCGCGUCCGCCCCCGCCACCGCUGCCCCUGCUGCUGCUGCGCCCGCCACUGCCCCCUCUGCUGCUGCCAGGCGCAGCAUGGCGGCCCCCCCUGCUGCCCCCACUGCUGGUGGCGCUGCUGCUGGGCGCGCGGGCAAGGGGGAGAGGGCGGAGAGGGCGGAGCGGGGGGAGCAUGGGGAGAAGGGGGAGAAGGUGCAGGUUGGGGAGGAUGCGCGGGGGAGACACAAGGACGUGGGACGGAAGAAAGGCCUGGGUGCUGUGGAGGUGGCGGCAGGAGGUGCCAAGGCAGGCGAGAGGAGUGACGGCGUGAGAGGGCGAGGGGAGGCAGGCCACGCAAGAGGGGAUGUGCGAGGAGGGAAGGAGGCAGCGGCACAGGGAGGAGGUGCGAAGGAGGGCAGUGAGGUGGGGAAGGGGUUGCUGGUGCAUGCGCUCAAGGCCGUGGUGCCGCCUCCCACCGCCCACCACCCCCAGCCCCCCCUGCACGCCCCCACUGCUGGCGGGGCCAAGGCAAGGCGGGCAGCACCGGGUGACAAGUCGGGGCAGGUUGCAGGCAGGGGGGACGCGGAGAGCGCAGAGGGGGAGAGCGGCAGGGGCAGGGGAGCAGGCGUGAGGGCGAGGGGGGAACGCGGGAGGGCGGGGAGCAGGCCAGUGGAUGUGGCGGGGGCGGUGAAGCGCGGGCACGUGGCGACAGCGUACGUGCUGGGGUCGCUGGUGGCCGGGCUCGCCCGGUCGCUGGAUGACGACAAGAGCCGCGGCGGGGGUGAAGGGGAUGCAGGCAUGAGGCGUGGUGUGGUGGGCAGCGAGGCGGAGGCGGGUGAGGGUAAGGAGGCCACGGGAGGAGGUGGGAAGGAUGAGAGAGAUGGGGAAAAAAGGGAGGUAGAGGGCAGGAAGGAUGGGAUGGAGAACGAAGCUGGGCGUGUGGUGGGGGGUGGUGCAGAGAGGUCAGGGCAGUGGUGGAGGCCAGUGAGCAGGGCAGUGGGAGGAAGGGGGGGGGGGAAGGAGAGGAAGGAGCAGGAGAGGGUGUUGCAAGAGGCAGUGGAAGCAGCAGCGGAGGAGCGGGAACGGAUUCUGAGGGGGGUUGUGGGGAGUGAGGGCGGCAGGCAGCAAGAGGGGUCGCCUGUGGAGUUGCAUGCAGUGGUAGGAGGUGGCGAGGGAGGGGCGUAUGUGGGGGGGGUGGAAGUGGUGGCGCGGGAGGGGCGUAUGAGGCGGCAGGUGGAGCGGCAGGUGAUAGCAGAGGAGCUGCUGACGUCAGUGGGCGAGCUGGGGGUGCAGCUGGGGUCACUGGAGGAGUCGCUGCAGGCGGGCCGGCAUGUGGCAGCAGAGCAGCAGCAACUGCUCACCCGGGUCAGUGCUGUGAGAGCCACGCUUGCCAAGACCAGGAACUGA